UUUAAGUUGGUAUGUAAUCUCCUUCAGUAAUCAAUUUCAGCUUAAAUUAAUGCAUCUAUACAGACUGUGUGGAAACCUUAGCUUCCGGGAUGGGGCGGGGGCAUUGAAUUGUUGGGCUCCACUGACACCUCUACAAAUAUUCAGGCGACAUGAGUGGGUUCAUUUUUUCACAGCUAUGUCCAGAAACCAAGGGUGUGAAUGCAGCAGCAAGCACUUUGACACAGUUCUUCUUCAGCCUCCAGAUAUCGCAGGCUUUGUUUAUGGAUGACGGCAGGGGCAAUCCGUCUUUCACCACGAUGGCCGGCAGGCGUUUCGAUGGGGGUAGCGUGGCCGGGUGCCUGACAGGGUUUUGACUGAGAGGCAAUCCCGCGUCCCGAUUCAUUACUCCAGCCAUGUCGGUGUAAUUCCUGCGUAGUUGCAAUAUGCCAUGAUUGACUGAGACCUCCACACUGUGUCCAAGCCACACUCUCCUCUGUCUCUGGGGGAAAACGAGACCCCCGCCCCCACCCCUGCUAGAAACAGCUAGCAACAUGUAGGAUUCUGCUCAUUCGGGGGCACUAAUUCAGUGGUAACCCAAGAAACCUUUGGUGACUCACCGUCAGCUCAAAAAACCCAAAUGUUUCCUGACUUCCAGUCACAGCUAAUGGGACAGCCCAGACUGAAAGCAGUGAUGUCCAGUGAUUUAGUGGUGCCGGCCUUCACAGAAUGAGCCCCUGGGGAGGAUUGUAUUUAUGCCUUUGUGUGCCCAUUGGUAUUCCUUCUUUAAUCCUCUUUUUUUUUUGUAACAUUCAGUCUAAGUCCUCAUUGGAGACAUCUAAAACGUGUCUAAAAGCUCUUUGUCCCUUAGAAAUGAGAAGGUAAUGCCCAGAUAAAACGGGAGCUGUGUUUGGACUCUUGACCGUGUUAUUUUGCUUGUUACCAGUUCCAUUUAGUACUCCCUCUCACAGGUUCAUGUCAAGACAAUUAAACUCAUGAAAUAUAUAGAAUGUUACCGAAUCAUGAUUGGGGUUUCUUUUUUAUGUAUUAUAAUCAUGGCAUUGUGUGGACGGAAUUCAGAUGAAAAUAUCUUUAUAUUUUUCUUUAUCGGUUUUUUAAAUCCUCAUUUAUUUUACUUUCUCAAAAUUAAAAAAAAGUUUCUCAUUAUAUCAUUAGUACAGCCUACCACAUUGAUGUGGCUGUUGGGAAAAGCAAAAGUUAUGCUUUUACAUCCAAAGGAUUCUUCAUCUUUUCACCCAACUGAAGCUUGUAGUCAUUGGGUUGAGUGCAGUUCAUGCACAGUUGGUUCCGAUUGAUUCUAGGUUCAAAGCAGUUGCUCUCAUGCAGCGAGCAAGGGACAACCCAGUCAGCUGAAACCCUUUAUGAGUAAUGCUAUGGCCAAUUUUUCUCCGCCCUGUGGGACCGCUAGCUCCUGCUGGCAUGGGGACAAUCGAGGUUUCAUGCCUAACCAUGGGGGAUCUCAUUACAAGCAAACCUAGCAUGUUAACAGGAAAAGCCACCCAACAGUCCUUUAAAAAAAUAAAAAUCUGUUCUAACUGUACAAGCAAGGCCAAUCGAAGAAGACGGUAGAUACGGAUUACUCUGCCAGUGCCAAUUUAGAAUCUGUAGCAAAAAGAAAAGGAAAAUAUAUAUUCUCUUUUCUCUCUGGAAUACAUGUCAGAAAUGUGUGAUUACUUUGUUUAUAGUGAAGAAUGUUUUUGCUGGUGAUGGCAAUUGCACUGCCUUGUGUACAAAAAAGGCAGUGCUUCAAAUCAGCAGAUGGUGCCAUUUCAGUAUGCUGUGGAAAAUGCCUUCUUUCACUACUUGAGGUCACGAUUUCUGUUUUUACUGUUUCCAGCUUAUGUGAGUCCCUGAGAUUUGGUCUUUGAUUGCAUUUAGCGAACAGUUCCUGGGGCUUUUUAGGAGCUCAGGUAGAACAUUUUAAUGUUCAAGCAAGAGUAGGACAGUGUAACUCCCCCACCCCCACACAUAGGUGGUUUCUUAAUGGUGUGGGUUGCAUUUCCUGGUAUGUGUGUGUGUGUGUGCAUUCAUACUCAAAGAAGGCAGGGCCAGUAUUUAUUGUAGCUAAAUGGUACUGAGUGAUCAUUCAAAAUAUAACAUCAAAGCAUUUAUUACUAACAGAGAGCAGUAUCAUUCAAGGUGAGAGUGCCCCAUAAGCAGUUAGGCAAUGGGGAACAGGACACUGAUGUUUCACAUUCUCGUUUACUAAUUCUGAACCCGCACAGUCUUGCAUGGAAUAUUCUGAAAUGACGCCUGAGAUAAUGUUUUCCUAUAAGUGACUGAAGAUUUUAGUGUACUACCUGUGUAGAACCCAGGUAUUAAAUAUUUGCCAGGACUCACAAGUGGUAGCAGGUCCCAAAGAAUCUGAUGUAAAUGCAAUCUUUUCAAGCCGUGCUUUGGGUAACACAGAAAUCAAUGACUGACCACAUGAAAAUCUAACUGGCUUAAAUAAUUUCUGCUAUGUGGAACUGUGCCUUUGUAGAGAACAGAGGCUGAAGAGAGGCUUAUAGAGGGAGUUUACCCUGUGUAUUUAAUUUUCAAGGUAAGAGUAAGUGGUAUACAGCAGUAUUCUGCAAUGCUAAGUGUCUGGUAUCAAUUAAAGAAAUUGAAAAAACAACUUGACACAGGCCUUCACGUAAACUGAUUUUUUUCAAGAGCAGCAAUACAAGUAUAAAUGUUUUCCAACACAGCUUUAUGGUUUAUUUGCAUAGGGAUUUGACCUAGCUUAAAUAAUUAUUAAACUGAUCAAUUUACAGAAGGACUUGACACCAAAAAAUGUAUUAACCAGAACUUAAAUUGUUUAAUCAGAACCCCAUAUAACACUACACUGGGAAAAGUAUGUGGACACCUGAUAUCCAACAUCGCAUCCAGAAUUAUGGGCAUUAAUAUGGAAUUGCCCACCAUUUGAUGCUAUAUCAACCUCCACUCUUUUUGGGAAGGCUUUAUACUACAGUAGAUAGCAUUGCUGCAGGGAUUUUCUUCCAUUCAGCCAGAAGAGCAUUAGUCAAGUCAGAGACUGAUUGGGCAAUUAGGCCUGGCUCACAGUUAGCUUUCCAAUUGAUCCCAAAGGUGUUGGAUGGGGUUGAGAUCAAGGAUCUGUGCAGGCCAGUCAAGUUCUUCCACCAUUCUCAACAAAACCAUUUCUAUAUGGACCUCACUAUGUGCCCGGGGACAUUGUCAUGCUGAAAAGGAAAGGGCCUUCCCAAAACUUUUGGGGAAGCACAGAAUCAUGUAUAAUGUCAUUGUAUGCUAUAGCAUUAAGAUUCACUUUCACUGGAACUAAGGGGUUUAGCCCAAACCAUGAAACACAGCCCCAGACCAAGGGGUGUCCAGACACUUUUGGUCAUUUUUUAUAACUUGCCCGGAGUUUUAAUCCAUAGGGAACAUAACUGAUACUGUACAUUUGGACGUUUUAGAUGAACAGUGAUCACUUUCGGUUUUGAUUUUGUCCCUUAAAUUCUCAGCUGUACAUGCAUUCAGAAUCGUGAUGAAUCAUACUGUUCAUUAUGAGUAGCCACCCAAAUUGAGAGAGCUCAAUUGGCCUUUUGUUUGUUUUUCUUCACGUCAUAAAGUUUUACAGCCGAAUCCUACCGCACAGUGACACACCUUCUCGAUCAAGGUUCACUCCCUCUUCAGCUCUUCAGGUAUUGCUUCACUCUGCUCCUUUCAUUUCCUCUCUUCUUCAUUUAAUGGCAAAUAUACAGUCUUUUGCAUUCAAUGCCUAACAUUAAAGCAUUCAAGUAUAUUUAGCAUAACCCAGAUGCUGUCUGUUUCCAACAAGUUCCCACAGGUUUCAUUACGCAGCAAAUUGAAAGACUUGUUUAAAGGAAUGUGCCCUAAGCUAUCAUAGAGUUGAAAUUGCUUAGAUUUUCUGGGGAUAUGGACACUCACCACACAGCCUGUAAAAUGAUCCACAAAGAUCGUCCAUCGGAUAACAUUUAUGGCUACGCUCUGUCUAAGACUCUGACGAAGGUGGCACCUCCGAUUACAGUGGCACUGUACUCCUCCUGUCACAGUCGAGUCAAUAUGCUCCUCAAGUGCAUAGAAGCCCACAUGAAGAAAGAGGCGGAGAGAAGAGAACAAAAAUAUGAAGGAAGAAUUAAGCCACGUUCUAAGUCCUCUGUAACUUACUUCCUGUGUACCAUCAUCAAGAUGCUUUUCUUCAUCCCUGUGUGGACUGAACAGAACCAGGGACAGACUAAUGUUCGCUACAUAUUUCUGAAGUUCAGUGCCUGGCACUUUGCUGGCAGUGACAUGCUUUGGGCAGGCUUGGUGAUGAGACUUUAUGAAGGUCUUCAGGAGAGCUUUGGCAUGCUCCUCAUCCCUCUGUACCGCUUCACCCAGCACAAGGAGGAGGAUGUGAAGAAGGUCAUUGAAGAUAGUGAAAAAGACUGGAGGUCAAAGAAGAUCUGCUGCUUCCCCCUGUGGUUACUGACAAUUGUUGUGUUCAUUGUUAUCCCAGUGAUAGUCUUCCUCCUUAUUAUGUGUGCUUUCCCCAAGAGGAAAUAUGGAGGUGAGGCUAUUAAGUCAGAUGAAGGUGAACUGGGGAUGUUAAAAAGCGUCACCAUUGGCAUCCUUGGGGUCCCCGCUUUUGGUGCCGCUCGGUUCAUCUUCCAGCUGAUCAAGAGCGUCAUCAUGAACCCGAAAUUCAACAUCAGGUGGAAUAUGAACAAUGAGAAGGUUAGCAGCAAGUUAGGGUUCAUGAAUGAGGUGUGGAAGGAGAUGCGGGUGAUCUCCUGCUUCAUCCAGUUCAUGGAGGUCUUUGAGAGGCGGAAGAUCCGUGUGGUGCUACAGAUCACCCACCUGGACCGGUGUACACCCAAACGGAUCAUGGGGGUGCUCAAUGCCAUAAACAUCCUUCUGUCAGAUGAGGAGAGUCCUUUCAUUUCCAUGAUAGCCGUUAAUCCGGAAAUCCUGGUGCAGCAGAUAGAUUACGCAGAUGGUUGCUUCUGCAAAGAGGACCAUGCUCGAGCCUUCUUGAACCGCAUUGUGACCUUGCCCUUCACCGUGCCCCAGUUGUGUGAUUUCUCAAAGCGCAAGGUCUUUCACAAUAUUGUCCAGGGCCAAUUGAAGAAGAUCAAACAAGAUUUUUCUGUGGACGAAGUAGUUUUUGGAAAUGAUAAUUCAACAAAAAGUGAACACAUGGAGCUGUUCAGCAAAGACCACAAAGCAGAAAUGGAUGUCACAUUUGAGCUGAAUAAAAAGGAUUUGGAGUGGCUUAUUGAGAAUGCCUUCGAGUGCAUUUACAGUGAGGAUGGUAAGCUCCACAAUUACAUCACGGGGGACACUAUAUCCAUGAGGAGAAUUAUCAAUUCGAUCAGGGUGUCAGUCAUCAUCAUGGAGGCGAUGGAGAUCGAGUUGCCUUCUAUGGAGCUUAUUGCAGCUUGGGUAGUCCUGGCUGACCAGUGGCCCUGUCGUUUGAGUUGGAUUUUGGAGUGUCUAGAGGACGAGCGGCAAAGGGUAGAGCUAGACCCAGAGCCAUCCAUAGCAGUUGCCUCGGAUGAAUCAAGGACACUAUGGGAAGUCUUCAGUGAAUACAGACUGGAGCUCUACAUGAUCAGAGACCAGAUCAACAUGCACCUGGAGCACGACGAAGAUCCUGAGCUGUUUGAGAUGUUUCUCAAGGUUGACUUCAAGCUCACUGUUAAAGAUGCUGACCAGUUUGAGCUGGCCACAGUCAACUUGGACCACUCAAUCAAGAAGGAGCUAUCCAGGAUAAGAGGAAGCAUAGCACGGAGGGACACAGUUGGGAAGAAAACUCUUAUCCCACUCCCAAUGAGCUCUGUGAUCAACAUGACCACAGAGGAUGUCUGCAAUGAGAUGGUGAGGCUCAAACUGCCAGAGAAGUACAGCCAGGUCAUCCGUGAGAAUGAGCUGAAUGGACAGGCGCUCAUCUACAGCGAGAACGCAGAAAUCAAGCGUGUGCUGCAAAUGUCCAUGGGAGAGUGGACAACCUUCAGCAUCCACCUUCUGGGCAUCUGUCCACCCCGGCUUCCUUUGCUGCAGUCUGCGUCUCUUGCCUGUCCAUCUGCAGUGACCCUGGAAGAUUGCUUUCCUUCACUUUGUCACUCUGAGAAGCCCGAGACUGCAUGCAUAUGAUUAAUUAGAAAAGCAGUUGGUAGUCUCUGUUGUAAACUAGAGAGCUGUGAUGGAAGGGUAAGGGCCAAGCGUUGUGAACCUCAAUGGAUAGAGCAAGCAAGGAGCAAAAUUCUCAAAGUGGAUGAGAUCCACUCAUUCAAAACCUGACAUAAUAGGCUCUCUACCCCAGAAAGACUUUCAUUAACCCCUUACAUUCCCUCCUUCUGUAUCGCCCCCUUUUUAACACAAGCCUGAAAAUGACAUGGUUAUGUGCCUGAAAAUGUGGUUAUUAUUCUUGAACCCUUUUGAUGAUGGGCAUAAUCUUGGAGUUUGUUUUCCAAGAGUCAGAAUUACUGCCAAUAUUACUGAAACAAGAUUAGAAAAGCUCAAGCACAGUGGAAGUGGAAGUUUUUUCUCACCUAAAAGAUGAUUUUUUUUCAGUGGAUACAGAUACUUGAGGUUGUGCCUGAUGGGCUUAAAAACACAGUGCAGACACAGCCACAAUGCUGGACAAAUCCUGGUUCCAAUUUGAUGACAAUGCUACCAAAAUUGAACAUUCUGCAUAGUAUUUUUUUCUGAGCUAAGUGUAGACAGGUUUCCAAAAAGGCCAUUUGGAGACAUCCAAAAGGACACUUCAAAAGGUCUUUAGAGGUGUAAAAUUCUAUACACUGUAUACUAAAUGCCCUCGGAAGAAGUAUGCUUAAAAAAAGUUGGUUUCUUUCUCCCUGCUUGUCACCCUCCCCCUUCCUCUCCUCCUUUGUGAGCAUAUGAAAACUAUAUGCAAGGCAAAAUAUUACCUACUGGAAUUAAAUGAAUUCAAACUUUGUCACAUGUAAUGGUCUACAAAUACAAAACAUUUUCAUUCCAGAUAAGUUUCUUUUUCUUUUGUCAAUUGUUUUGGCACUGGUUUGUGGUUUCCCAUUAGUAAGCUUAGUCCUUCAAAUAUGAUGAAGCAUAAAUGAAUGGUAAAUGGACUGUAUUUAUAUAGCGCUUUUAUCCAAAGCGCUUUACAAUUGAUGCCUCUCAUUCACCAGAGCAGUUAGGGGUUAGGUGUCUUGUUCAGAGACACUUCGACAUACCCAGGGCAGGGAUCGAACCGGCAACCCUCCGACUGCCAGACAACCGCUUUUACCUCCUGAGCUAUGUCCCCCCUAUAUAUGAAAUAUAGGCAUCAGCUGUCUAUUAAUACUUCUGUAUGAUGUUUUGUCUCCUAGUAACAUUAUUCUCUUUGCUUGAGUCAACUCAAGUCAAUUUUGACAUCCUAAACCAGAGACAAAACAAACAGAUGAUUGAUAAGCAUAUAUGAUUUAACACAUUUUGAUAGUUAUUUACUAUAAUAUUCAAAUCUUUUAUUAAACAUUUUAUUAUAAAAAAGGAACUAUGUUGUUUGAAAGCAUAUUCUAUUCAAGUCCACUUUGCUAAUGCCUGUCAUUAAUUACAAGCCUGCAGUGCAUUAUCAUGCUCAAAGAAUGCAGGCAGUCAUCCGCAUCAGCCAUUACCACAAAUAUGACAAUCUUGUGCCAUUAUCUUUAUAUGAUAAGCAUCAAUAUUUGCAUCAUUGUACAUCAAGGUACUAUCCAACAUGUGUACAUGAGGUUCUGACAUGAAUGACUCAAACGUUGGAGACUUGCUGCUUUGCUGCAUUGUUUGUAAGGCAUCUUUCAUAUAGCUGUGUGCAUCUUUUUGGUUAUAAAGACUUUUUCUUUGUAUACUUUGCAGUGAUUGUGAUGCACUAGACGCAGUUGUGCCCGAAAAUGUAUUCGUUAUUCUGUUCUGGAAUAAGAAAAAGAAAGCUACUGUUUACUACCUUACUGUUGUUUAGUUUAAUAAAAAUAAAUGAAUAAAAAUAAAAACAAUAAAAACAGA